CUUACUCAAAAAGGCUUUGACAUGAAUGUAAAGAAGCUCUUGACAGCAGAGAAUUCAGAUGACUCUACCUCAAAACGUGCCAAUGAAUUUCUGAGUGCAGCAGAGGCAUUUGGCAAAGCCAAAAAACUACUUAAGCCUCAAGUAAAGAGAAAACAGUUUCCACUAAGUAAAAAUUGUUCGAGUCAUGACAAAUCAGUACUUAAGAUUCGAAUGGCUCCCAUGGAGUGGAAGCCAAAAUCCCUAAGAAAGUCUGGACGGUACCAGAAAUUAAUACUGGAUGAAACUCCACCUCCAAUCAUUCUGCAAGGCCACGAAACAUAUGAUGAUUUAGUCAACAUAGGCAAGGAGCAUUUUUGGCCAGAGCACAUUGAAGGGAGUGAGUUCACCCUUUGCAAUUCUGACGGGACGAGGUGGAGUAAGGAGGACUUCCAUAAAGAAUACAAAACCAUUUCCGAAAUGAAACAUCAUUGGAAAAGAAUAAUAUUUAUUGGGCGAAGACAACAGGAGGUCAUUUGCUUGGAUAACCAAAGUUCUACCUCAGAUGAAGAUCCUAAAAAUCAAGUGUUGGAUGUUGAAAGUUGGACUUCAGACGAUCAUCGUGAUUCUCACAUUGGCCGAACACUUGAAGACCAGGAUUGUCAUCCAGACACAUCCAGCAGACCUGAAUCAGGGAGAGUCAGAAAGAAAAGCAAGCAGAAGACAAAAAUGGAGGAAAAUGCAGGGUCAUCUGUAGGCGCAGCUGCAGCAAUGAGCCAAGAUGAAUAUGGAGUUAUAGAGGCAAAAGACAAUGUGGAAGGACCAGAAGAACUAUCUGAAGAUUCAGCAAGUAGGUUCACCAGCAAUCUAAGAGGGCAGUCCUGACAGACUGGGGCAUGGCAAACGUAAGGGAUACAGUGAUGCUUCGCCAAGGCAGUAAGUUCACUGCCCAGGCUUGUGGUCCAACUGGUGGCACAUAUCUUUACAUGGCCCCUGAAUGCAUAGUCAAGUUUGAAGAAGCCUCAUUCCAAACAGAUAUGUGGUCCCUAGGAGCCACAUAUUUAGAACUUCUGACAGGAUCCCCUCCAUGGUUGGUUAAAAAACAACGAGACCUGGCAGCACUAAUGUCUAACAAUACCCCACCACAUGCUAUAUCACAUCUCAGUGAGAAGCACAGUUUUCUUGGUGGUUUGGUGAGCUAUGACCCAAACUCAAGGCCUUCUGCUUCUGAUGUAGUUAAGUUCUUGAAGUCAGUCCUUGAUCUUACAAACAGAUAUGGUUACAAGUGGUAAUAUAUCCAGUCUGCUGUUCAAAGUAACCUCACAACAAAAUUGUGUUGUACAUUGUUUUGAAGAUGUACAGAAAUCAUUACGCAUUCAAUAACAUGGCACCCAUUUUAUUGUAUUGCAUAUUUUUCUAGUACAUCUUGGUCAAGUUCUAAAAAUGUUUCACACUAUAAAGAGGGACAAAUGUUAAACAGUUCUAUUUUGUCAUGGCGAGUGUUCAUCAAUUCAUCUUACAUUUUUUAUAGAUCUUAUUUUCUAAUGUAAAUGUGUAGAAACUACAUGUUGUAACCUUACAAAAAGGUUC